AUGGACGGUAGUGAAACACAAAUAUCUUAUCAAAACGAUAGUCAAACAACAGCACCAACAAUGGGUACUGUUGAUACACAAGCUUCACUUUAUACAGUACCUGGUAUACUUCAUUUUCUUCAACAUGAAUGGACUAGAUUUGAAAUUGAACGACAACAAUGGGAAACUGAACGAGCAGAAUUACAAGCACGUAUAGCUUUUCUUCAAGGUGAACGCCAAGGACAAGAAAAUUUAAAAACUGCACUUGUUAGACGAAUUAAAAUGCUUGAAUAUGCCUUAAAACAAGAAAGAUUGAAAUUUAAUAAAUUAAAAUAUGGUAGUGAAAAUAUUCCAUUAGAAGAUCAAAAACCAUCAUCAAAUGAAGGACAAACAGGAUUUGAUGAUGAUGAAAAUAAAGAAGAUCCAAGUUUAGCUUUUGGUGGUAGUAGUGUUUCUUUUAAACAAGGUCGUCAAUUACUUCGACAAUAUUUAAAAGAAAUAGGUUAUGUUGAUACAAUAAUUGAUAUACGUUCCACAGCUGUUAAAAAACUGCUGGGAAUUAAAAGUGAAACAAAUCUUAAUGGAACGAAUUCUGCGUCAUCAGGUUUAAAUGGUGAUGUAAAUAUAAUGAAUGAAUCAAAAGGAAUUAUUCCUAAUAUACUUCAGAAUGCUACAAAUGAUUUUAAUAAAUCUCUAGCUUCAUUAGUUUUUCUUAAAGAUGAUCAACCAGAUGAAGAAUCCAAUGAUAGUGAUCUUGAUACUAAUCGUAUCAUAAUUAAAUCUAAUAAUGGUAAUGCAACGAAUAUUAAUCAUCAUAAUUCAACACUUGACACAUUAAAUGAUCUUGAUAGUGAAGAAGCAGCUUUACAAGAAUUUGAUUUUCUUACUGGUGAUGCUACGACAACUGGUUUAAGUAUCAAUGAAUUUAAAUCAAUGGAUACAGGUAAUAAUGAAUGGAAUGUUGAUCCAUCUCGAAUAAAUCGUCUAAAAGAAGAAUAUAAACGUGAUCGUCAUAUAAAACAAGUACAUCAAUCAACAACUAUAACAAAUACGACAUCAUCAUCAAUACGAAAUAGUCUUUUUAAAAAUGGAAAUGAUGAUAUAUCUUCAGAACAACGUACAUAUUCUGAAGAUGAACAAAUUGAUUCAAUGAUGUUUCGAAAUAGUAAAAAUUUUAUUGGAGAAAAUGUUAUUGAAGGUCUUGAUGAAUUAGCACGUGUUACAGUUUCAAAUGAUAAUGAACUACAUGAUGAUGCUAUAGCGACAAAUGAUUCGUCCGAUUUUAGAAAAACAUGGAAUAUUAAAUACGUUUUACGAAGUCAUUUGGAUGGAGUACGUUGUGUUACAUUUCAUCCUGUUGAAUCAGUUGUUAUUACUGGUUCUGAAGAUCGUACACUUAAAUUAUGGAAUCUUGAAAAAUCAGCGAUACUAAGAAAAUCAGCAUCAACAACACAAGAUCUUGAACCAAUCUAUACAUUUCGGCGGCAUACUGCUCCUGUCCUAUGCGUGGCUAUGAAUCCAACGGGAGAACAAUUUUAUAGUGGUGGCCUUGAUUCUAUUAUAUCAGUAUGGAAUAUUCCAAAUUCAGAAGUCGAUCCAUAUGACGCAUAUGAUUCCAAUGUGUUAUAUAAAGUAUUAGAUGGUCAUACAGAUGCUGUCUGGCAAUUAAUUAUAUCCGGUCAAAAGUUAUUGUCAUGUUCCGCUGAUGGAUCAGUUCGAUUAUGGGAUGCAAAUUUAAAUGAACCGUUACAAUCGACAUUUCAUAAUGAAGGUAUUCCAUUAUCUAUUGAUUGGUUAAUGCGAGAUACAAAUCAAUUUGUUGUUACUUAUGAUACAUUAAAAACUUUUAUAUAUGAUAUUGAAACUGGACAAAUUGUAAGACAAUUUGUUAAUGAUCAUUCAUCAUUAGGUGAUCGAAAUUAUCGUAUUAAUCGCUUGAUAAGUCAUCCAUGUCAACCAAUUAUUAUUACUGCUCAUGACGAUAAAAAGAUUCGAUAUUUUGAUAGUAAUUCUGGUCGUAUGAUUCAUUCAAUGGUUGCUCAUCUUGAUAGUGUAACAUCAUUAGCUAUUGAUCCUCAACAAUCUUGUCUUCUAUCUGGUAGUCAUGAUCGUUCAAUACGUUUAUGGAAUUUAGAAAAUCGUAAUUGUUUACAAGAAUUAACAGUUCAUCAGAAAAAAGAUGAUGAAUCUAUACAUGAUGUUGCAUUUCAUUCCUCAAAACCAUAUAUGACCAGUGUUGGAGCCGAUUCAAUUGCGAAAAUCUAUGCUUAA